AUGAAUGCGAUUGAAGAUCUAGUUGGUCGUCCUCUUAUGAAAAGAAAAUAGGAAGAAGAUUAAUAAAGCAACAAUGACUAAGAUGGAAUUAAGAACGAUGAUGAAGAUUUCCAGAGUAACGGAGAUGAGGAUGAAGAUGAUGAAGAGGACGAUGAUGAUGAAAGUUUAGACGGUCUAAAUAUUGAUAAAGGUAAAAUACUUAUCAAAUAUUAAUGCGUAAUGCGAAUAGAUGAAGACAUUCAGCAGCUGUUGACCGAACUUAACGAUACCGCAAUAUAGGCACUUAAAAACGAAGAUAACGAAAACUCCUUAGAGUGUCUUAAAAGAGGAGAGUAACUAUUAGAGGCAGUUACUGCUGAGGGUAAAGACGUAGACAGAAAUCUCAUUAUUGUCAUCUUAUAUAACUUAGCUUGCACAUACUAAAGAAUGAGUAUGCUUGAAGAUUCAGCUAGUUACCUAGAUGGUACUAUCUACAACUUAGAAGCCAAAGUCACAAAUUUUGAUGAUAAUGAAUCUAUAAUUCAGCUAAUGCUGACUUAAGCUUAGCAGUAAAACCAGGGAAACAAUCUCUUACAAUCACAGACAUCAGUUCAAUCUCGAGAGAAUCUCAAUUCCAUGACUCUCUAGUCGCCUACUCAGCAGAAUGUAUUCGAAACUACAAAAAAGUUUAACAUUUCGAGUAAACUUUUCAAGCUAAGAUACAUGUGUAAAUGUCAUUUGCAACUUUGUGCAGUCUUGAGUUAGCUUAAUAAACACCAAGAAGCUUUGUAUCAUGGCCAAAUGGCUUCUUACUUCUGUUAGGAACUUAUUAGAAACACUCUACUACUUUGCAAGAGCUACAUAUAGAGGCUUUUAAUGGAGAAAAACAGCAAGUCCCCUUCCCAGAACACCAAUAAUGUGCUUAAGGACAUUGAAAAUGAACUUGGAAGUGACUUUAUGAGCAGCAAUAAUAACGAUAAAAGCAUGACUGAAAGUGAUAAAGACUUCUUGGGCAAGAGGACUAGCUACUAUGUGGAAGAAAAUGAAAGAAUACUUAAUCUAUUGAUCACUAAUUGCGAACCCAUUUUAACUGAGAUGCUUUCAUAGAUUGAUCACUUCAACACAUAUAAUAAAAUUCAAAAGGUGGUUGACAAAUCUGGAAUGGUCAUUGAAGAUUACUCAGUGCUUUAAGAUUGCUAGUUCUAAGGACCCCUCUACAAUACGCAAAAACUAUACAUGCAUGCUUCAUCCAAUGCUAACAUUCCAAAUACAACUCAUAAUAGCAACUAUAACAAAUUGAAGAACACCUAUAUCACUCAGAUUAAAUCCUAAAAGCCAACUGUCUAACUCUAGAAUCCUCAAUCCUAGUAACAGCAGUAAAAACAAAUUAAACUUAAGACUGAUGAAUUAGUUCCUGAGGAGCUUGAGAAAAAGAAGAAGAUUCAGCUGAAUGAGAGCACCUACUACAAUACAAAAGGCUAGGAUGGAGAGCCUCAGUCAAGUACCUAUUUUACUCAGUUAAGGAAUAAUGUGAAGACAAUUCUUGGAGUAAAAGAGCAAGAUGAUUGGAUUUUCAAUCUCAACAUAGGUAAUGUCAUGCAUCUGCUGCCUAUGAGUCUUGAAGAACUUAAUCUACAUAUUGACAACAGUCAUGAACUUAGCAGAGAUGCCAUGCUUGAAAAAAUAAUCCUAUUGUCGGUAUCAUACUUUUGUGUUGGCACCGAAUUAAGGUUUUUAAGUGCUUAGGCAAGCAAGGAAUCAGCCCCAAAGCCUAGUAAAUAGGUAUACGGAGAAAUUCCAGACCCUGACUAGAAAUUCACAAAAGCUGAUAGUGAAAUGUGGCAUGCUUAAGCUCUCGAAACCAGUGGCACUUUUCUACCUAGUGAAUGUCCUCUUGUAAGUCACAUUAUUAUGAGCUAUCAAAAGCAUCACUCGCCAGCAAUGACAACUAUCCCUGAAGAUGAGCCACUUCUUGAAGAACUUAAAGUUGUCAGACCUCUGAAUGAGAUCAAGAAUGACUAAGUUAAUUACCAUCAGAUAAUCAGAGCUUACAAUACAUAGGCAAAGUAUUCCUAAAGUAGAAAUACUUCUAGAAAUGCAAGCAGACCUCAGACGAGUACUGGACCAGGCACUCAUUUUCAAAAUACACCUAUUAACUUCUAUACAGCGUAGCAGCAGUUAUCUGAUACCUAAGGUAAUGGAAGUAAAAUAAAGGUUAAGAAACGAUAGAUACCUCCUGACUUGGAUUUAGACUUGAUAGAACCAGAUGACUAAGCUUAGUUUAUUCAUUCUGCUCAGGUAUCAAAUAAGUCACAAAAAUAUCAAGCACAGUCAUAGCAAUUACAUCAUCAUUAAUAAUAACAACAGUAAAACUUUCAAAUAUCUUAGGAGUCACCAUCUUCGCAUAGCUUAGCCUUGAAAUUUUCAUAAAACACUAUGAAUGCUUAAGCUCUCUAGUAAAUGCAUCUUUAGUAGUAAGAAUAGAUCUAAGAGCUCAAUAGCAAAUACAACUUCAUGCCCUAAUAACUUUAAAGUUAUAACAACAGUAACAGUCAAAAUUAAUAUAAUCAUCAGCAAUAGCAACAAAUUUUCUAAAAUCAGCAACAUCAUUAGUAAAUGUUUCAAAGCUAACAAUAGCAGUAAUAGCAGUAGUAGUCAUAUAUUUAGCAGCAAUUGCAGUAAAGUUAUAAUCAGAAUAAUGUGAAACUUACAAAUAAUCAAAAUUUAAAUCAUAUCACUACAAAACCCCCAGUCAGUGGAGGUAGCUACAUGAGCAGCCAGAAUAAUAGUUCAAUCAAUCCAAAGAUUGGUAUUAGUUCAAACGGUGGGUACAGUAGAAAUGCAACUAGCACAGCUAAUUAUAACUCAAUCAGUGGCAAUCAGUCAUAAAAUGUUACAUAGGAAAGUAAAAGACCGAAAACUUCAGUUAGCAAAUAGUUCAAAGGGUUAGAUCUUAAUCAAAGACUGAUGUAGACAAUGAAUAUUGGCAUUCAAAAACUAAGUAAACAGAGAACCACUAGGCCUACUGCUUUGGCCUAGAAUCAAAAUACAUUAACUUCUAAAAAGUCAAGCACUAGCAGAUUGAGUAGUGGUGGAAACAGAGCCAGUACUAAUAAUUCCUAGACAAGAAAACCAGCUGGUCCGAUUAUGGCUUCUCCUAAGGUGAAAACUGAUAUCUCAGGGUUAGGAGGCACAGCCCAAAAGAAGAGCAACAAAAAAAUGCUACUUACUUAAAGAUUAUCAAAUGACGCUGGAGUGUAGUUGAACAGUCUGCAAUCCAAUACUUAGAAACAAACUUUGAAUUAAACCCAAUAACUGAAAAAGAAACCUAUGAAUCCUCCAGGAAUCUAGUUAGCUUCUGCUACAGUAAGCUAUAAUUCAGCCUCUCAAUAGCCUAAAGUUAAGACCCCUACUGCUCAGUAAAUGAUUAAUCAGCAGAUGAUACUUAAUCAAUAAAUUCAAAAUUUGAUAAGCACGAGUUCUACGGGUAGUCACACAACUUAGCAGUAAAAUCAACUGAGUCAGCAAUAAGCUCUUUAUUAGUAGCAAUAGUAGCAGCAGCAAAAUAAUCAAAAGCUAAUCCAGCAUCAAUAGUAUUUAAUGCAGCAGCAAUAGUAAAAUCAACUCUAAUAGCAGCAGUAUUAAUAGGUCUAAAACUAGAUUUAAUCUAGCAAUGUGCCAAACUGGACUGCAAUGAGCAACAAUAAGAUCACGACUGCUGGCAAGGGCAAACUUAAGAUCAUUAAAUAUAAAUGA